AUGCCCAAAGACAGUUUCGAUCAGCAUUGUAGCAACUCGGAUUCCCCUUUAAUACUAGAUAAUCGAUUUAUUAUUGGCCCUGUUAUUGAUCGAGGUGUUUUUGGAGAAAUUCGUCUUGGACGCGAUAGUAUAACGUCGGAUAACGUAGCUGUUAAAAUAGAACUGAUGUCUCCGGCUUAUCGCCCACGUUUGGAAACUGAAUAUAAUUGUUAUAAAACCCUCGGUGAUAAUGAAGGUAUUCCACGAAUAUUUUAUUUUGGUCAAGUGUCCGAUAUGUGUACGUUAGUUAUGGAUUAUUUGGGUUCAAGUCUAGCAAAGUUAUUCGAUUCUCGUGGCAGAAGAUUUACAUUAAAAACAAUCGUUAUGAUUGGCUUACAGUUAUUAGAUCGUUUAGAAACAAUUCAUUCAAAAUAUAUUCUGUUUCGCGAUAUUAAACCCGCCAAUUUUUGUAUCGGAAGAAGUUCUCAACAAACAGAAAAUGUGAUACACAUUAUUGAUUUUGGUCUAGCAAAAGAGUAUAUUAAUUCCGUCACCGGUUUACAUAUACCGUAUAAAGAAAAUAAACCAUUAGUUGGUACCACAAGAUUUAUGAGCGUCAAUGUUCAUCUCGGAAGAGAAUAUUCACGUCGAGAUGAUUUAGAAUCAUUAGGUUAUAUGAUAAUCUAUUUUUUGCAUGGAAAACUUCCAUGGCAAAAUAUCAAAGAAAGCAUGCCUAAAAAACGUUUAGAAAAAUUAGCUAAUAUGAAACGGAGUUUAGCUAUUGAAUCGUUGUGCGAAGGUGCGCCAAAUGAAUUUAUCAAAUAUUUUCAUCAUGUUAGAGAGUUAGAAUUUUAUGAUACACCCGAUUAUAAUUAUUUGAAACAAUUAUUUCACACAGUAUUGGAAACAAAGGGAUUCAAAAAUGAUCGAGUAUUCGAUUGGACAACAGAAAAAAUAAUUGAAUUUAUUCCAAGAAGAAUGGAUACAAGUGAUGAAUUAACCACAGUGAUGAAAAUGAACGAUGCCGAGCAUGAUCAGUUUGGAAACAUAGUAGACGGCACACAGACGAAAACAUUUUAUCGAAGUUGUAAUGUUAUUGUUAAUGAAUUACGUUAUGAAACAUUGAAUAACAUUAAAAAAAAUAAACGAAAUAGAAUUGUGGUUGUCACUGAUAUCGAUUGUUGCUGUUGUACGUUCUCGAUUAAAACAAAACGAAAAAAUUUUCGACAUCGUUUUGCCUUUGGUCCCAUACGCCAAUACGAUGGUUUAAAUGUAACAUCUUUACAAUUGCAUCUUGACAAAUUAGUUAAUGAUAUUUAUCCGAAAGUUGGUAUAAACGUCAUUGAUUGUCGAAUAAUUCAUAUCGCAAUGAAUUAUAGUUCAAUUCGUCAUUGGAAUUUAAUUAAAAGCUCGUGUAUAUUUAACAAUAAUGUAUCGCUAUUAAACGAACAACAACAAAUGAAUGUAAAAAUUACUUUAAACGAACUUAAUACGGCUUUAAGUUAUGACAAUGAAUUUUAUCCAAUUUAUUUAACAAAAUUUUGCCGAAAUAAAUUUAUCAAUUUAGAAAAAAUUCAUCAUGUUUUACCUAUAUCCAUUCAACGUUUGAAAAUUCGUUUUAAUGUAGUAGUUAACAACACAGCAGAUCACACAAUUGAAUUGUGGAUAACAAAUGAUGAAAUCAACCUGAUAUCUCGUUCAACGAAUCUAAAACAAAUUUUGGAACAAAAUCUGUUUGAUGGUGGGGAGAAUUUUGUGAAAAAAUUGGAUUGUAAAUAUCUGUCAAAUGAAUGCCAAAUGAUGAAUAUGGUCAUUGGUGCUAUAUUUGUUCCCAGCUCAUCCUGGUAUCAAUCGAACAAAAAUAAUAGUGAACUUUUGAAAAUAUAUGAUCUUCCACAUCACUUCACCGAAGAUCGUUCAUUUUCUUUGAAUAAAAUUUGCUCAACUUAUAACCGACAGGCAAUUUUUAUGAAAUCAAAUGCAUCACUCAUUAUUGAAUGUUCAACUGAUUGUACGGAUAAAGAUGAUAGUAUUCUAAUAUAUUUCGAAUGUGGUACAAUUCGAUUAGUAAUGCCACCAUUGAUUGUAGAUAAAGUUAUUCUUUAUUCCAUUGAUCGACCAUUAACUUGUCCAACAAAUCAAAAUUUCACACAAACAAUCCUACAUUAUCUUACAGAAUCAUCAAAAAGUAAUGACUAUUUUCAUAGACAAUUUUCUUAUAUCAAUCAUUAUGAGUCGAUAUCACCUGCAACAACAACAACAGAGAAGGGAAAAGAACGUGAUUCUUGUUUAACAUGUUCGCGUAAUAUUUAUCCUAAAAUAAAUUUAACAUUUUAUUUUUUUACAGUGUUAAUAAAGAAAUAUCAAUCGAAUAUCAAUGCAAAAACUUAUUUUAUCGUACCCGAUCAAUAUUUACCAGAUAGAUAUGUUUCUAAACAACAAAAUUAUUACAUAAAUUCAUCACAGCUCCAUUUGAAUUUAUUAAGACGUCAUACAGUUGAUUAUUAUAUGACAUACAAUAAACAGAAAAAAUAUCGAAAAUCUGGUCGAAUAUUUUUCAAUGAUUACUUAUAUAUUCAACAAUUUGUAUCGAUCAGAACAGAAUUUGGUCAACAAUUACAUAUCGAAUAUGAGGCAAAAAAUACGUUGAUACAAAUAUGUUUAAAGCAAACAUGUCAAAAAAUAUUGUAUAGUGACGUAUGUUUAAAAGACGGUACUGUACAUAUCAUAGAUGGAAUAUUACCAGUGGAAGACGAUCUCGCGAGACAUAUGAAACUAGAUGACGAUGAUUUUUUCAUGCAUAAUUCGUUUGGUUUAGAUACUAACGAUCAAGACGUACAUAAAAAAGAAAAAAUUGCCAAAGCGGUUGACAGAAUUGAAAACGAAAAAUAUGGUGAAAUAUUGAAAUAUGUUAUGGCACUUAUACCGAUGGUUAUUAAUAGUAUACUCGUUCUGUUAGUUAACUAUUGUUUGAGACCAGAUGAAGAAGGUUAA